AUGUCUGAUCUGUCUGAGAGCCUCCGCCUUCACAAGACAGUCAAGAAGCACUACAUGUCUCUUGCCAAAAGUGCAGAGUGCCAAGUGACAUAUGUUUGGAUUGAUAAAGCUGGAGAAAAUCUACAAUGUAAAACCAGGAUUCUGAACAAAGAACCAACAGGAAUCAAAGAUAUCCCAGAAUGGACUACUGUCUGGGCUAUUGGGCAUCCCUUUAGUGAAGUCACUUUAGUCCCUGUCAGAAUGUUUCGAGAUCCGUUCACUCUUGACCCUGAUAAACUGGUUCUGUGUGAAGUGCUUGACAGCAACCAUGUGCCAAAAGAAAGUAAUCAGCAUUCACAGUGUGCUAAAGUUAUGGAGGAAGUUAGAGAAUUUCAGCCCUGGUUCGGGAUGGAACAGGAGUACACACUGUUUGGUUUGGAUGGAAAGCCCUUUGGUUGGCCUCCCCAGGGAUGUCCAAGAAGAGCGCACUGUGCUGUGGGCAUUAACAAGGCGUAUGGAAGAGACAUUUGCAUCUGUCACUGUAGAGCCUGUCUGUACGCUGGUGUGAAGAUCUGUGGCACCAAUGCGGAAACACUAGCCUCCCAGUGGGAGUUCCAGGUCGGCCCAUGUGAGGGGAUUGAAAUGGGGGAUCAUCUCUGGAUGGCCCGUUACAUUCUUCACCGUGUCUGUGAAGACUUUGGGGUUGUUGCCUCCUUUGAUGCUCAACCCAUCAAGGGAAACACUGCUACAUCAGGCUGUCACAUCAAUUUCAGCACCAAAGAGAUGAGGAGCGAAGGGGGGCUUCAGUACAUUGAAGAGGCAAUCAAAAGGCUCAGCAAGCGUCACUCUCAGCACCUCCGUGUCUACGAUUCACACAAUGGUGCUGACAACAUGAGACGCCUCAACAGUCAGAGCACUACCUCCGAUUUCCAUUACUUCUCUACAGCUGUAUCCUCUCGUGCUGUUAGUGUUCGCAUUCCAGGUCAUGUCAGUCAGAUGGGCUGUGGGUACUUUGAGGACAGACGUCCUGCUGCCAACUGUGACCCCUACCUUGUGAUGAGAGCCUUGGUUGAAACCUGUCUGCUAGAAACCCCAGAGGAAAAUGAUGAUGAUGUGGGGAAGAUUAUGGCUUCCUAA